GGACUUUCAGAAAAAAAUUGUCAAAAUAAAUGUCGGUAAGAGCGCGUCAGAAAUGCCCUUCUCGCUGCACAACCAACUUCCCGUUCCUCCCGCAUCCUCGCUUGUCCCGAAUCUGCUUUCUCCUGACUGUGCUCUUUGGUUCCGGGGGAGGAAACGAAGACAACCGCAGAGCAGAGAGUGUCCAGGGCUGGCUCUGGCAAAGCAGGCAGCCCCCAGCAUUUUUUGGCAGAGACUCGGGUACAGGACCCGGAGAGCUUCUGGUGGAAAAGGGGGAAGCCUUCAGAAUUGCCCUGGUGGAAAAUAUCCCUGAAGGCCUUAACUACUCAGAAAAUGCACCAUUUCACUUGUCACUUUUCCAAGGCUGGAUGAACUUACUCAGCAUGGCCAGAAAGUCUGUUGACAUCGUGUCUUCCCAUUGGGAUCUCAACCACAGUCACCCGUCGGCAUGUCAGGGUCAACGUCUUUUCGAAAAGUUGCUCCAACUGACUUCGCAAAAUAUCGAAAUCAAGCUCGUGAGUGAUGUGACCGCGGACUCAAAGGUAUUAGAAGCCUUGCGAUCAAAGGGAGCGGAGGUGACCUACAUGAACAUGACCGCCUACAACAAGGGCCGGCUGCAGUCCUCCUUCUGGAUCGUGGACAAACAGCAUGUCUACAUCGGCAGUGCCGGCUUGGACUGGCAAUCCCUGGGACAGAUGAAGGAGCUCGGUGUCGUCUUCUACAACUGCAGCUGCCUGGUCCUGGACUUACAGAGGAUAUUCGCCCUGUACAGCUCGUUAAAAUUCAAGAACAGGGUGCCGCAGACCUGGUCCAAGAGGCUCUACGGUGUCUAUGACAACGAGAAGAAAUUGCAGCUUCAGUUGAACGAAACCAAGUCUCAGGCCUUUGUGUCGAACUCUCCCAAACUCUUCUGUCCUAAAAACAGAAGCUUUGACGUGGACGCCAUCUACAGCGUGAUCGACGACGCCAAGCUGUACGUGUACAUCGCCGUCACGGACUACCUGCCCAUCUCCAGCACGAGUACCAAAAGGACUUACUGGCCAGACUUGGAUGGGAAAAUAAGAGAAGCAUUAGUUUUGCGAAGCGUUAAAGUUCGACUCCUUAUAAGCUUCUGGAAGGAAACUGACCCCCUUACAUUUAACUUUAUUUCGUCUCUUAAAGCUAUUUGCACUGAAGUAGCCAACUGCAGUUUGAAAGUUAAAUUUUUCGAUCUGGAAAGAGAGAACGUGUGUGCUACAAAAGAACAAAAGGACCACACGUUUCCUAAAUUAAAUCGCAACAAGUACAUGGUGACGGACAGCGCGGCGUACAUUGGCAAUUUUGACUGGGUAGGGAACGAUUUUACCCAGAACGCUGGCACGGGCCUCGUUAUCAACCAGGCAGACGUGAGGAACAACAGGAGCAUCGUCAAGCAGCUGAAGGAUGUGUUCGAGAGGGACUGGUACUCACCCUACGCCAGGACCUUGCAGCCGACCAAACAACCAAACUGCUCCAGCCUGCUCAGACUCAAACCCCCCACCAACAAAACUGCCGCGUACGGCGCCCGCGCCAAGGACCCCGCCAGUGUCUAACGUGAAGGAACAAACUGACAAGACAGCUUGUCUUUCCUAUUUAUAUAUAAAGGACUUGAGGAGAGAAAAAAAUUUAAUAUGUCUUUUUUAGGGAAAAAGCACACUGACACAAAAAUAUUCUCCGAACGCCAUGUAAUAUCUUACCUAACACUAUCUUAGCGGCGUGUGCACUAAGGUUAGGACUUUUCUAUUUGUGACUGCUGACAGAGAAUGUCAUUUCAGCUUGGAAGUUAGUUUUUAUGUUUGCAUACAAAUUUUAAGACUUUGAUGCCUCCUCCUUCCUAGUUUUAGAACUUUCUCUGCCGACCCACCUGGUCGGUUCUUCCGAAGCUUAGCAUGAGGUCAACGCUUUCUCAUACCCUUCUGAGAUCUGCUCCUUAGAGAGGUGAGCGAGGCUUUCACCGCAGCCAAGGAACUGAUCAAGCCAAGUAUCUACCCCGUGAACCGUCUCCAAGACCCGUGCAGUCAUCCGGGCGUGAGCAGCUGACAUCUCACGCCACCCUUGGCAUCCUUGAAAACCACCCAUUUGCCUCCUUGUUGGUUUUCUUCGAAUACCAUCCCUUUUCCUUGGUACCACUUUUUUUCUCUUCUCCAAGACUGUUCUUCUCAGCGUCCCUCUGUUCACCUCCAUGCUAGUUCCAAGUACAGCGACAUCUUUUGAAAAUGUAUGAAUUCCUCAGAAUGGAUACCAAAUGGAAAUAGCAGUCUUUAAUUUUCACCUUUCAACUGCAUUUUCCCCUCAAAUGAAUAGUUUAAAACCACAGCCAGCAAUAUGUAUCUUUUCUCUCAAGCUCAGAAGAAUUAGGUAGCUACCUGCCAAUAUCCAGCAAGAGCAAGCGAUUAGGUCUGCAUUAUGAGAAUAAAGUAGUUUUUCACAUUUUUUUUUGUUUGUUUAGCUUAUGGUAUUAUAAAGGAAAGGUCUCUGUGCAUCUGUGGGUUUUAGUUUCUUUAGAAUCAUUCAUUAUGCUGUUAAGGGUAUGCCAGCAAAUCUUUAUAGAGCUAUUUAAUAUACCAAAUGCUUUUCAGAGAAAUGCAAUUUAAAUACUGUGCUUCACACAUUUUACUAAGAAACAAAAAUAUUGGAUUAUUGUUCUGUAAUGUUGUCGUGUGUUGCUGUUUUAUAUCUAUACAACAUAUAACCCUAUAUUAAUGGAGACCGUAGCCACCCUAGAGACAGGCACGGCCUCUUUAGAGCCCACGUCAGGUGGUCACCAGGAUGCCAGUCUCAAGGUCGCUCCUGACCCCCUCGGGCCUGCAACAGAGUCCUGCACUCCUCGGCCUCGGGUUUCUAUUGGUAAUGCAGGGACAGUCGUACUUACCUACCUGGUGUAGAUGUUGUCACGGUAGGAAAUAUUUAUAACUUGUUUUGAAAUCAAAAGAACCUAUAUAAAUGCUAAGCAUUGUGAUGUAUAAUCUUUUUCUUGAACUCAUCUUUGUGGUAUCCUGAAAUAAUCAAUCCUGGGGUCUCCCAGAGAGCCCACAAGGGAAAGCAAACCCGCAGCCUUCAGCUGCAAAUGUGGGUGAGCACAGGAACUCAGAAGCCUUGCUGGAGAUCGGGACUGUCAUCGUUUUGAUGGAACGUUGUGUCGGGUCACUCUGGCAUAAGUAACAACCAUACACAGCAAGACAUUGUGCUAGGUCAUUCUUGAGGACCGGCUGUGUGUGUGUUUUCAGAGCACGGGAAAGCAAUGUCAGUUAUUGUCUUUUAUGUCUAGAGACUUGCUUCCUGCUACGCCAGGCAGAGUGACGGAAGAAGCUCUGAGUCUCACCCAGCAGGUUCCAUUGGGUAGAAGGGCCGUUGCUGGUCAGCUACUGGUCAUGAGACUUCUUUCUCUUUGCUUCCAAGAGAGGCUUUACUGGAUUUAUGGCCGUCAGUGAAGACAGCCGGGAAGGACAGGGAGGUUCGUAAUGGAUUUCCUCACCACUGGCGGCCAGGCCGUGAAACUCCAAAUAUUUACCAUAUCCCCAGUCCUUAUUUGAGUAAGGGGGCUCUCCUGCCCCUCAUCUCGGUAAAGUAAAGGUGGUCUUGGAAAUGAUUUUAAAAAGAAAGAAAAGAAGAAGCAGAGUAGGCAUGGAGACAAACAAACAUACCAAGUUCAAUCCUGGGCAAGGAAGAGCAGCCCAGGGGCCUAGGUGCCAAAGGGCACCUGAAGGGGAGAGACGCUGUUGUCCCCUGGAGCAUGCGUCACAGCCGUGGGACAAGCGUUGGCUUGGUGUAGGGGGGCCCCUUUCACUGUCCCUUGCUUUUGCAUGUGAUAGGAGAGAACUGUGCCCAUUAUAAAAUGACCGUCUGCCAUUUUGCACUGAGCCCAUCCAUAAGGUGGCACCAGGAACCUGUCCUGGGACUUUGUGCCCCCAGCACCAGCAGCAGCAGAGCCCUCCCUGGCCCAGCGGCCCACCUCCUCAGCCAGGCCACUGACUUCAGGAGGCAACGCUGGCCUCCAGGCAGCCAGGAAAACAGCCCCUGCCCAGAGACCGGCAUAAACUGGCCCAGGUCUCCUAAGAGAGCAUUUAAUGCGGCAGAACUUUCUUUUGCAUUUGGAUGCUUUAUCUACCCCUGUAGGAGUGGCCUUCCUCUCCUUCCAACUCUGUGUCUGUGCUAAAUAGACAAACUUCCAUUCCACCCCCCACAAACACCCCACGAAUUAUUUCCCAAGAGGGAAAGAAGGCAAAGCAAAAACACUUCAUUUGAGACAAUCUGACAAUGUCCUUGCCAGAGAUUAGGAGCAAGAGGCCAACUGCUAACUUCCAUUGUUUUCUCCAUAAAUAUUCCAGGAGUUAUUUCCCAAAGGGGAAUAUGAAAAGGAAUGUAAACACAAUUCGAGACCACAGUUUAGAUUUUCGUGUCACUUACAUUAACCUAGUGCCUUAUUUAUUCUCAAGCAUUGGUUUUAAAUGGUGAUUCACUCUACGAGAAUACUUCUGCUUACCGGGGGUCCAGUAAGUCUUGCUGAUGGGCCUGCCAGUCAAAACGUGUGCAUGAGUGUCAACAGCUUUCAUGUAGCCCGCUUCCCACCCGAGCCACGCAGCACUGAGCACCCCCAAAUCAAGUCAUCGACCAUACUGUCAGACAUCCACAGUGUUGGCCUCCACGCUGCCACCGGCCGCCAGUGUCCCCCCUGGUUAAGUCACAGCUUAUCAAACCACCGGAGGGCAAGUGGAAUGUUCUGGAUGAUAUCCAUGCUCUGUGAAUGCCACGCUUUGGGUACCUGGAAAUGACAGAAGUGAGGCACGCUGAAAAUGUCCCUGCUCUCUUUAAGGGACCUUGUAAAGAAAUGCUCAUGGACUCCCACAGUCUCGUGGAACGUAGCAUGAAAACCAGUGUCUAAAAGUCAAAACAGACCCAGUAAAGGAAACAAAAGAGCUGCGGAAAAUGGUACAUCAGUGUAGCUCUGGGUGCCUUUUUCUCCCUGGGCUGUCUCCAUACUGUUGUUUGUCUCACUGCUGACUAGGUUUUCGUGAGACGGGUCUGACCACACUGUUGGUUGAUCUCACCCUUUGGAAACUGUUGUGUUACAGCAGUGACUGGUUUGUUCAAAGUGCCUCGCUGAACCUGGGACCGGCAGAAGCUCAUUUCCCACCAGCCUGUGGCUGUUCUCAAGUUGACUCUGAUUCACUCUGAAUUUUCUGUUUGUUUUUAGAAGCUUUAUGGAACUAAACUCCAGGGGAACACAAAAUAAAGAGACUAUCAGAAUUUCUUGAUAAGAUCAGACCCAUGGUCCGUCUGUCUCAGGAAUUCUAUCCCAGAAUCUGCCUUUUUCUCGUAUGUAUAAUCGCUUGUGUGAGUUUCUCUGUCCAGAGUUCAUUUCAUUAUCUUUAGUGUUUAAGGGAUAUGAAGAGCUGCCUUCACCUGCAAUGGGACCGUUCUCUUCCACAAUGAAAGACACUUUGCUAUUGGUUAUUCACAUGCAGUCUCUAACGAACAGCCCCGUACAUUGCGGACAAAUGUUCGAAUCUUUGGAUUUCUGUACUUACUCUCAAUGAACCGGUGCACUUUAUUAUAAGCCUUUUGAAGGGGAGAUCCAUAUAAUGUCCAUUUGACCUAAGGCAGGCUGGAUAAAUGAAUCCAUAUCCAGCAUUUUCCCAUGUGCUGUGACUUAGCUUUUUCUUUUCCUUUUUUUUUAUAUGCUGGUAACCAAAUAGCUGUUCAUCAUAAGCUGUUACCUUAUCGAUUUAAGUUGCCGGAGGCUUUUUAAUAGCCCCGAAGUCAACCCCAGUUCAUUGUCUGCCUUUCCCCUUUGAGAGAAUUCCCAUCUGGCGGCUGAAUUAUGAAGAUAUUGCUUUUUAUGGUGACUAGAUAGGCAUUCUUCAGAAGCUUAUUGAAAUAGUAAAAACCAAACUUUCUUAUUUUUGACCCAUCAGCAAUCUUGUACUUGCAGAGUUCUAAAAAAGGUCACCGUUCACUUCUAUUUCUUUUGGCAGUUUGCUGAAAAGAAAUGGGAGAUUUAAUAGGCUAUUCUGCAUUUUCUUCUGUUAUGUUCAUCUACUAAACUUCUGAUUCUGUUACAAAGGAUAUCUUGGAUUUUUAAAUGUUUCUUUAUGUAAACAGGAUAAAGUUGUACCUGGACAUAUCUAUACUAUUAACCUUAAAAUCCCUAAAUAAAUCAGUGUGAUAAAGGGCUGAAUUUGGGGGCAUCAUUAAAAUUCUCAAACCUUUUGUAUAAUCAAAUGCUCGAUUUUUUCAUAAGUAAAUGUUAUCUGGUUUUUUCAUUGUGAGAUGAGGCAUUUAUUUUUCUCCUCAGGGUCCAGACUGUACGCUCUGGCCCAGUGGCAGAGAAGGAAUUUGUGGAUCUAGGUUCAGCUGCCUCACGCUCUUACCCACCACACUCUAUUCUUUCUAGGCUUCAACCCAUAACCAAAUACACCUGGUGCCUGCUCAACAGACCCAAAUUGAAUCUCAGGUCUGGAAGAUUCCUUGAAAGCCAUCGCAAGCAGCUCCUCCAAGUGCACACUUCCCCUCCUAUUUGGCCACUCAAGCCGAGGACCUACUCAAGCCACCCCAUCCGGAGUGGCUACUACAGUCCCUUUCACGAGACCCAUACAGAGUACCAUCUUAUUGAUUUGCUCGCGCAACUUGGAUUUGAGACAGCAUCUCACCUCUGAAAGAAUGUACGCGAUGGGUACCCUUUUUAUACAGGGGUGAAAGCUGAAGAGGCAUACUUUUUUUAAAGCUGUCAUUUGAGAGUUUAACAAAGGCUUAAUAAAGCCAACUUGAUGACUCUGCAAUAGUCAGUUAUAAUUUGAUUUUGUCAGCUGUUUCUGAAUCCUGCAAUUUCAUGUUUUAGAAAGAAAUUGGCGUAACAACCUGUUGAGAGACGAUCGUGUGCAAGGAGUCCAAUUAAAUCAUAGUAAGGAUGAAGAUUAUUUAUGAUUUAUUUUUAUUUUAUAGAAAAAUUAGUAAGGAAAAAAUCCCUCCUUUUACAAAAUUGAUAUCUGGCUAUGAAACCCAUUCCUUCUGGCCUCAGACAUGUUAAAAAAUUGUUAAUUCCUUUAUGGACUCUACUGUCUUUCACGGUUGAAAGAAAUCUUAGAAAUGGUUGAGAAAUACUGAGCUCACACAAACAUGGAUAAACCUGGUUUCUAAUUUAGAGUUUCCGCGUGUAAAUAGACAACAGAUCUUGGGAGUAUGACCUCAAUGUCCAGCAUUAAAAAUACUGAAAUUCCAAUAUUAUGGAGGAAGAAGAUCUUUAAAGACAACUCAGAAAAUAUGAUCCAACAUGUGAUUCAGAGCUUAAUCUACAGUUUCACUUACUUUUGCUUAAAAGUGGAAGUUAUCAACUGCUUUAGAAAGUACAUGUUAUUAAAGGCAACAUUCUCCCCCCCAAAAAUGUAGUAAGAGAAAGAAACACUAUGGUUUCAGGGAAGUUAUGGCAUUGAUAGAGUGCUUUGAAAAUCCUCCAUAAGAAAGUGUCACUGAGAAAAAUGCUCACCUGUCCCCAGCAGUAAAGCGGUGUGUUAUUAUCCAUGUUUCCUGGGUGGAUCUAUAGUUUUCCUAGAGUCCCAAAGAGACCACAUCCAUCACUCCUACAUGAGCAGAACCAUGUUUCUGUCACAUGCACACUCCACACUGGCCACGGCCAACUACACCAUGACUCAAAGGAAUUCCGAUAUGGGCUGGGGGUGACCUAGGAAGAGAGAGGAACCCCGCAGUGCUGUACCUGUUGAAUGGUACCUGGCCCCACCACCCAGAGCCCUCCUUUACGAGCCCUCUGAGUAUGAGAUCUAGAAAGGAAGUGGGCAGCAGUAAGAGCAGCCAAAAUCGAGAGGAGCGAAGUCCGUCUAAUGGUGCUGCCUUAGAGCAGUAACAGCAACACUUCUGUAGGUGAGACACCCAGAGUUCUUGUUGACCCACCGUCUCUGCUUUUAGGUUACUGGAGUAGUGAUUGAUCCCCGAGCAAUGAGGCUGGACUUUGUGGUUACUGGGUUGCUUUCUUAUCUUUCGUACUUUCUUGUGUAUCGACACAAAUAAACUCACAAUA